GGCCCCUAAGCCCUCUUGUGUUUUAAUUUGCCGUUGCUUCGCCCAAUCCGACCUGCUUCCUCGAACUCAAUGCUCCAUUCCUCUCUGCCUCAAGCCAACCUCCCAAAUUCAGGUAAGAAACCUCCGCUCAACUUCUUUGCACAUCACUUCGUAGCCUGAAAUGGAACUCUGCAUCUGUUUUAAUUCCAUUUAAGAAGAAGAAUAAGAAGAAGUAGAAGCAAACGCAUUAAAAACAUGCUCUCUUUACUGUCCUUAAAGAAAACAUAUAGUACUAAUCACCAUCUCUUCCAAAUUCCCAAAAGACUAUUUGUUGCUCUUAGCUCAACAGCAACUUCAACUCAAUCCAUAGAAGUUGAAAGAAUUGCGAGAAUAAUCAAUGACCAUCCAUUUCCAAAUCAACCUUUACAUCCAACUCUCACCCGCCAUAUUCCAUCACCUCUCCUUACCACUGCUUUUGUUGAAAACGUUCUUGGCCGCCUCUUUGCUGCUCACUCUAAUGGCCUUAAAGCCUUGGAAUUCUUCAAAUAUUCGCUCAAUAAUCAAACCCAUUUUUCCCCAAGUCCGGAUUCCUUCGAAAAGACGCUUCACAUACUUGCCCGGAUGAGAUAUUUUGAUAAAGCUUGGGAUUUAAUGGUUGAAAUUGGAAAGACGCAUCCGUUUUUGCUUACCCUUAAGUCUAUGAGCAUAAUGUUAUGUAAAAUUGCUAAAUUUCGAUCUUAUGAGGAGACCCUUGACGCGUUUGAGAAAAUGGAGAAGAGGGUUUUUGUUGGGAGGAAAUUUGGCGUUGAAGAGUUUAAUGUGUUACUUCGGGCAUUUUGCACUGUGAGGAAAUUGAAAGAGGCGAAAUCUGUGUUUAUAAAGAUGCAUGAGAGGUUCCCUCCUAAUGUUAAGACCAUGAAUAUUUUGCUGUUGGGGUUCAAGGAAUCUCGGGAUGUUACUGCAAUGGAGUUGUUUUAUCAUGAGAUGGUUAAGAGGGGGUUUAAGCCUAGCAGCUCAAGUUAUGGUAUUAGGAUUGAUGCUUAUUGUAAAAAGGGUUAUUUUGCUGAUGCUUUGAGGAUUUUUGAAGAAAUGGAGAAGGCUAAUUGCUUGCCGACAUUGGAAACAGUCACCACUUUGAUUCACGGAGCAGGGGUUGCUCGAAAUGCAAUGAGAGCCAGGGAGUUGUUUGAUGAAAUUCCUAAGAGGAAUUUGCAAGCUGAUACUGGGGCAUAUAAUGCACUGAUUAGCUCACUAGUUAAGUGUAAGGAAGUGAAGUCUGCCAUUCAGUUGAUGGAUGAGAUGGAAAAGAACAAUAUUCAUUAUGAUGAUAUGACCUAUCAUACAAUGUUCUUAGGCUUGAUGAAAUCAGGUAGUAUUGAGGGGGUUUGUGAGCUUUAUAACAAGAUGGUUGAUAGAAAUUUCAUUCCCAAAACACGAACUGUGGUUAUGCUGAUGAAAUUCUUCUGCGUGAAUAGCCAGAUUGAUCUGGGUUUGAAUUUUUGGGGAUAUCUGGUGGGGAAGGGGUAUUGUCCUCAUCAUCAUGCAUUGGACCUUUUGGUAACAGGAUUGUGUUCUAGGGGGAGGUCGCAUGAAGCUUUUAAGUGCUCCAAGCAAUCACUGGAGAGAGGAAUCCAUGUCAGCGAAGCAGUCUAUCGAAUGUUGGAGAGAUUCUUACUGCAAUCUAACAUGACGGACACGCUGGGGGAGCUCAAUCAGAUGAUAGAGAAGUUACAAUCUGUUUUGCCCCCAUCAAGUGGGAAUUAUAUUCAUAGUCCUUCCUCUGGUCCCAGAUGCCGGUUUUUUAAACUGACUUUUGUUGAAUGCUCCAAGAGAUUUGAGGGUAGAGAAUUUGGAUAAGAUGUGGGUCCAAAAGCUCUGGUACUGAUAAAUAGACCAUAAGGAAUGUGAGGAUACAUCUUUGUGAUAUGAUUGGAAAGAAUGAAGAGGAGAAAAUGGAAGAGAGAGGCAGAAAUCGUUCCAUCGUAGAUGAAAGCUCCAAAUGGGACAUUCUGAAGUUUCAGCUCAACGUCUUCAGGCUCUGAUUGCAGGAAGUCCACCCAGCAAGGCUGCAUCACAUAAUUUGGUGGCCACACUCAGUGAGAAAGUGUUCAAAGGCAAAUCAUUACUUGUCUCUAUUGGCACAUGAGAAUGAACCCUGAGGCUCCAUAGCUAUCCUUUUGCAAAUG